AUGGCAGCAACAGCUAACCCAAAUUCCUCAUCCUCUUCAUCCAUUUUCUCCCUCAAAAACUCUCGCCCUCCAGACGACACCGUUUUCUAUUCCAUCUUCCCCGACUCCUCCCUCACCGCCGCUGCCACUGCCCCAGAAGAACUUCAAUCCCUCCACCUCCAAAUCUUCGACCACCUUACCCCCUACACUGCCACAUACAUAUGGCAACACCAACCCUUCACUCUUUCUCCAUCCUUCAACCCUGUUCCCCACCUCUCUGGCCACCUCCGUUUUGGGGACAAUCUCGAGGACGAGUGGUUUGUUGUCUUCCUCCUGUUCCAAAUUUCUAGAAGUUUCCCCAAUCUUUCAAUUCGUGUCUGGGAUUCAGAUGGCGAAUUUUUGCUUAUCGAAUGCGCUUUUUAUCUUCCUAAGUGGAUGAACCCCGACACCUCCCCUAAUCGUGUAUUUAUUCGCCGAGGUCUUCUGCAUAUUCUAUCUCCCACUCAUUUCCCUACCACCCCAGAUUUAUUGGACUCCCUUAAAUUCUUGAUUAGUAAUGAUCACCAUACGCAAGCUCCGGAAGGAAUUCAAUCGCAUUUGAGUAAGAAAAUUGGUGAAUACCCUGAGCGUGCGUAUAGGAAUAUGCAUAGAGCAAGAGUGAUGGUUCCGGUGUCUGUAGCAUGGACUUUGAAGCACGAGCCGAGUUUUGUGUCUUUGGCUGUGGAGGGUUUUUACGACAGGGAUAUUGAUAGUAUGAAGGAUGCUGCGAAAAUGGAGAGGUUUUUGCCGAAAGGGAAAGAGGAGGAGAUGGUGAAGGUAGUUGUCAGCAUGUCGAGGGCAAUGUAUGCACAGUUGGCGCAGCAGAAGUUUCAGGCUCCAAGGGUUUAUCCGAUGCCAGCAUCAAGGAGCGAUGUUGGUCAGUAUAUGGAGGCGGAGCUUGGGAUGAAGAUUGUGUGUGGGUUUGAGAUGAUGUACCAAUUGAGGAAGAGGCACGGAGAGGAAGGAAAGGGGAGUACGUGGGAGGCAUUUAGAGAGAGCUUGGAGAAGAGUGGGUAUUUUGAGGGGAUGUUGCCAGGGUCAAAGGAGUACAGGAGGUUGAUGGAGAAAGCUGAGGAGUAUUAUCGGAAGAGUUCAUUACAUUCUAGGGCAAGUGAAAUGCUGAGCUCUCCUGUGAGACGUAUAGAUGAGAUUCUUGCUCUUCCUCAUUCAGCUGAUGAUUUCAAGGGUCAGAAGCUUCCUCCAUCAGAUGAUGAUUCUUGGCUUUAUGGUGGGGAAGAUGAGCUAAAUGCUGCUCUUCAGGAGAGACAAAAGGAGAUGGAACUUUAUGAUUUGAAGCAUAAGAAGAAACAGAAGUCAAAAGAGCAGCAGGAUGGGGAUUCAGCUUCUACCAAAGAUUUGGAGGAGUAUGAUCUUGGGGAUAUAGCAAAAUCUAUGCAAGCGUUUGUUAAGAAAGUUUCGAGUUAUAAAGGAGCUGAGGUUCCGGAAAACCGAAACAUUAAAGAUGUGAAUUUUGAUGUGGAUCAAUUUGUGAAAGAUAUGGAAUCUGUAAUGAGACAACGUGGUUCAGGAGAUACUGGUAGCGAUCCUGAUUUUGAAGAAGAGCCAUUAUCAGACAUGGAUUUUGACGAGUCUGAUGAUGAGAGUGAGAUUUCCGAGGAUAAUGAAGAAAAAGGAGAUACUUUCAUGCAAUCCUAUUCAGAUGCUUUGCAUGAGGAACUGAAGGCCACCACACUCAAUAAGACUUUUGUCCGUGCAAAUGAACAGUCCGUGCAGAAGGACGAGGGAACCUCUAAUGCCAAGGAGGACAUGGCAGAGUUCACUCCGGUGGAUGUAGAUAUAAACCUUGUGCAAAAUUUGCUCAAUUCUUUUUCUACUCAACAAGGACUUCCUGGCCCUGCUUCCAAUUUACUAGGACUAAUGGGUUUAAAGCUUCCUGAUGAUUCUGGCAAAGGCAAAUAA